GCCGGCGAAUUUUUACGAAUUGAUCCCUGUCGCCACAUAUGGAUCUAGGAACGAUGUGUCUUGCAUGGAACCUGACUAAUUUUAAUGAUGACAUCGUUUCGUUUCCGAUUUGGUGUUUUGAAGAGAAUCUGUUUUCUGCUUUUUAAACGGUAAAACCCUUUUUACGCGGAUUUUAUCAUUCAGGUGUAGGAUAAUUCCAUGCACCUGGAGCUGUUCCAUUGGAGUCGUGGGUUGCACUGAAGCAGUGAGCUGGGAGGUGGACUCGUGAAGUCAGCGUAGUUGUUCGUCGAGCCAUCAAUUUUCUUGCGGCUGCUCUGAGUCAGCAUUAUCGGGCCCUGAUUUCCUGUGCAGGUUUUCCCUUGAGGACUGAAUUCUGUGCCAAGACUAACCUGGCACGGGACUUAAGACAAGCUGAACAUCCUACCACUGGCCCAAAUCGACCAGAAACAUUGAUGUAAAUGUCACCUUUCCAAAGAAAGGUGACAACAGAACUCAUGUAGGUGUACAAGUUUUUGUUAAUGAAGCGUGUGGCACAUACAGUGCAACGGAACAGCGUUAACAAUGGGGUAAUUGGACAGACAUAAUUGGACUCUUCAGCCUUUUUUUGCCAAAAUGGCUCCUGUUUAUCAUAUUUCCAAGAUUGCUCCCAGACGACUGUGGGAAGCUACUACAGUCACCGCCGAGAACCCCCACCUGGGCGGGGCCAAUACUCAAGGGUCUUCCCGAGAUUGUCCGGCUGCAGCUUGCGGCUACGACUGCACCUUCUAAUCAUCAUGGCUACUAUCACCUUCCUGUGAGUCCAUCCCAGGCUCAGUAAUCUCAGCUCUCCCACCACCCCCGUUUUACCCAAGCCCCGCCCCUCCUAACCAUCUGAGCAUGAUAACACUUCCGGCUCUCCAGUCUUGGCUGGGCCAGGAGUUGGAACUACGAGGCAUCGACGCCGUCAUCUACACGCGGUACAUCCUCAGCAUUCUCCAGCAGGACCACUUCGAGCCUGACGCGGAGUUUGACCCCUUCCAUCCGCAGAAGGAGGUCAGGUCAACCAAGGGCAGAGUUCAUCCCAGGAAGUUUCGCAAGUCAUGGACCGCCGAGGAUUGGAAGAAAUAUGCCGUCUUGGAAUGCCUGCAAGCUGUGACUGAUAAGGAUUGUGGCAUUGAGAGUCUAGUGGAGGAAUUGUGUGUUAAACUGAAGCGAGUCAAGGAGGAACGGGACAGAGGGACCAAGGAUGGAGCGGGUACCAGUGAUGAGGAGACAAGCUCACCUUUGAAGCCGGGAACAAAGGCAGAACGCCAUGAGAACCCUGCCUCUCAAGCUGCAAAGUAUUACCAAGCUUUCCCAGCCCUUAGUGACAAGACUAACACAAUCAUGAUGUCUGAUUCUCAACCUCACGGUGCCUGGGGUCCCAGUAAAAAAUCUCCACCACUUGAUGGUCAGCAAGGAAUGGGUAAGCGAGACCGAAAAGUAGUGAAGAGUGUCUCUGCUUCCACUUCAAGAAGGAGCAAGUCCCCCGCCAGAAAGCAUCAGCGAGCCAAGAGCCUACCAAACAGCAUGAGCCAUCAAGACGAUAACCUGAUGUUCGUUGUCCCAAAGUAUCAGUCCAAGAAGGGUUAUGGGAGGAAGCAGGCCGAGGGCAAGCCUCCCACUACAAGGAACGGGGAGAAGAUGGGAAGAGUUGGAGAGAGGCUUGGCGCUGUGACGAUUCGGGCCAAGAGUCUGCAGCAGCCGCAUGCCUGGGAGAUGAAAGAACAGACUCAAGAGGUCUUGAACGUCAGUCCAAGCCAGAGUCCAGAGUUUGUGGAGUUGGCGGAAGAUGUUAUAGUUGAUGAGAAUGAGAUAAGCUGGUAUACAGAGCCGGUGGUUCCCGUCCUGGAGCAGGGGUGGAACCUGAGUAAGCUACAGACGGUCUACAGAUCAGGAUCCAGCAGCCCCUAUGUCAAGACGCCAGCCAGUGAUAUCAGCUUGGAAGAAGCUGUCAACUCGCUGGCAGAGAGCCUCUGCCGUGACAUAUUUGAAGACGAUCAGCAUAAUUCUGGUGAGAUUCAGUCUGGCGAAGGUCCAUUAUCAACCCAAGAGGGUUUUGAAGGCAGUUAUAGUCCACAAGUACCUCAGCUGGUCACUGCUGUUCAAAGCCUCUUGGAAGGAGAUUCGGCAGAGAGGGGAAGACAUGGAGAUAAGCCAGACCUCUUGUCUUUGCUUGAUUGCAGUAAACCUGAUUUGUACCCUUGUCAAGGGAGAAACGCAUCCGCUCUUCAGGCCAUGCCAUUGCUAGUUGUGGACAGCCAAGCCAGUCUCAGCAUGCGACAGGAUCAGUCUGGAAAAAAUACAGAUGGGGAGUAUAUGGCCCACAAUACGCUGACAUCAUCGGCUUCAUCAAGCCAAGAGCAUCUAGAAGGCCAUGCCGCUGACUUGAGGGUAGCUGAUUAUCCUCUUUCCUGCAUCUGGAAUCAAGAGCUUCCACAUGCCAAGGAGCCAUGGGAAAGAUCUCCACUGAAGAUGAAUGCGUCUGGCUGGCCCAAUCAACAGGGGUAUGGUAUGGAGCAAAGUUUUGAGCAAACACAGCAAGAUCCUUCAAAAAUCGGUGAUGUCCAGGAUUUACCUGAAGCCUUGAGGGUAACGGUGGAUCAUGACAAGGUAAUAAGGUCUGCGGUUGGUUCCCUCCGGGAAGAGGAGUCUCUCCUUCGUAUCUGUUGUCCAACACACAGUCACCAUCAGUGUCCUACCACCUCUGCUAUGAUUAAUCAGUUUCUGCCAGGCAAUUUCCCGUUCUCUGGGGAGUCAUUUGGUCCAGAAGCUCCACUGCCAAGUCCAAACAGUGUGCUAUCCUGCAGUGACCCUGGAAGCCCAUUCUACUCUGAAAGUGAGCAAGACUCUCUGGCAAAAGGUAUCAAGUCUGCUUGUCAUCUGGAUGAUUCAACACCUACAGCUGCUGAUGCCCAACCAUUUGACAUCAAUAGCGCUCUUUGGUCAACCUACGAUACUCAGCCACGAUAUUCCCAUCUGCCAAAGAUAGUUCGCUGGGAGGACGGCUCCUUUGCCAGAGAUGGAGUGCUGAGAAGACGCAAAAGUUCUUUCAUUGAGGGUGGUGUGUACGGCAGCCCGUACAGCAGUCAGAACAACAGUCACUACAACAGCUGCAGCACAAGUCCCUGCGAAAGUGGCAGCUUGCGGGAUCUGUGGAAUCCAGCCGCUGUUCAAGAGGUGUCUGCUUUGGUGACUUCAAUGAAGGAGUUGAUCAGCCCAGAGUCUGGAUCAAUUGGCUGGAAAUCUGAGAGCAGAUUAAGUGAUGCAUCGGGUAAGAGAGGUACUAUAACUCCAGAGCAGACCCUGGAGUCUUCUCAGCAGGAUGAACAGAGUCUGAUUGAGGAUAGUCUCAUGGAUAGUCCUGUCUUCAUCUGCUCAAGAAGCUCCUCUCGCUUUGAGUUUGCCAGGAGUGUCAGUGAUCUGGAUGGAAGCCUGAGUCCUGUCAGCGCAGCCGGUACAGAAACAGAUGAAAUGGUGUCAGAGGCAGAGCUCCUUGAAGAAGCUUUAAAAGAUGUUGGAGAAAUGGAGGAAACGAAAGAGUGCAAUAAGAAAAUGAUGAUGUGCAAGCUAGAUGCCAAAGAUGAUGAAUGGAGUGAUUCUCUGAAGUAUAGCCUCCCAACUGAUGGCAGCUCGCAGGAGCUCACUCCAUCCUGGUUGACACCUCCUCAGGAAGGCAGUGCCGCUGGCUUGGGGGAUGAUCUGUGCUCAGAGAAGAGUCAGGGAUCGCUCAGCUUGACAGGCAUCGUACCCACAAUCAGCAAACCAGAGGCUAUACGGAAGGGUAAGCGUCCCUUCGAUCUAGCGGUAGGUGGUUCCAGUCCACUUCGUCAGAAGGUCGAUCUAGGCGAUGCCAGUCUUGCCAUGGAUGAGCUACUGAUCUCUCCCAAGACUCAUUUCCGCCCCAUCCAUGAGACCAUAUCUCCUGAUGAUUCAUCCGGCGAUGAAGGUGCUGCUGCAUCCCGAGUCUUGGACUCACCUCAUCCAGGUAGUCUUGAUGAGCUGACCAUCAGUAAAGUCGUCGGAAGUGCCCCUCGUAAGUCACCUACUGCAGAUCAGUGGCCAAGGUCCCACCCUCUUGCAACAGGUCCAACUGGCUUUCCUUCCAACAGUCCAAGUAGGAUUGGAAAGGAUUAUCACCAUGACAAUGGAACACGGGUCAAAGGUCUAAGCGGACAUCCAGCAAAGUACGACAACUUACAAUGGAUGGAAAGUGGCGGGGGCCAUAAUAUGCAAACUCAACAUGGGGCCGAACUGGAUCCCAUAAUGCAUCUGGAUUAUGAAAACCAGAUGUUUGCGUUUGAAGACGAAGCCUUCCUGAAGGGGGAAGGGUUUUCUGAUGUAGGAGGCGGGAUGGUUAAGCCGUUAUACUCCUCAGAGCUGGAGGAGAUGUGGCUGGGGGAAGCAGCCGGUGAUGCUAAGCAAGGCAGACCACCUUGGAGGAAACACAGACGGAAAAUGGGUAUUCAGAAGAAGCCAUGUAGUUUCUUCUUGGAAGGGAAGUGUCGUCGUGCAGACUGUCCCUUUGCUCAUGAUGUCAGCAGCAUUACAUGUCGGUUCUGGGAGGAAGGACAAUGUCUGAAGGGAGAGGAAUGCCCAUUCAUGCAUGGAUAUCCCAGUGAGGUGCAUAUAUCAGAGAGCAAGAUUUCUCCAAGCUCCAAGUCUGGCCAGGCAGAAGCCUCAAGAAGGAAGAGAAACGGAGAGGAUGAAGGAGAACUAUGGCAGACUCAUACACAGGUGAAUGCUGCAUCUACAGUUCAGACUCCCGAGGGCGCUAUACCCUUUUCUAGAAGGAGUCGCAUGUCUACUAAGUUGGGCCGGGUUCCAUCGGAUUCCAGCCCCAGUCACGCUAGGUCUCUUCCAAUUAGUAUCCGCCCAAAACCCAGGUGACGUUGGCCUCCCGUUUAGAACUUUUGUAGUUUUUUUCCCCCCCUAAUUUUUGUAUCCGUUUUGUUUUUGUGAAUAGGAAUUAGGAGAAUGGUUCUUGCUUGUGCAAAGUUUUCCGGUAGACUUCAAUAGAAUGUUUGCAGAAUUGAAGUCUGACCAAUCAGCAUGCUCUCGAUGACCUUUUUAUCGAGGCAGUCGCAGGUCAAGUUCUAUUGUCAUUUAAAUUCCUUAUGGAACAAUACAUGGCUUUGGCACGUCUGUAUACUUGGGUCAGGUCAAGUGACAAGCUAGUCCAUGAACUCUGAUACUCUGAUACUCCCGGUUACGUGUGACUUGACUCAUGAUUGAGUAGCUGUCAAGAAACACUGAUGCUGGGAUCCUUUUAACAAAAUCUUACAAAGGAAAUGCACACUUCUCAAAACAUUGUCUCAAAGCGAGGUCCCUAGCGCGCUUGGGUGGGGUGGUGGCUACAACCAAAGUGUGUCAGUAUUAAGCCCAGUUCAUACUUCAC